AUGGACUAUAUAAGGGAAUUCGACAUACAAUUAGAAAGGGAAUAUUAUUAUGCCGGUGAAACUAUUAAAGGACACGUUGUGUUGGAUACUAUAGAAAAUUUUAAGCUCAGAACCAUCAGGGUUAUCUUGAGGGGUAAAGCUCACGCUGAAUGGAAGGUUCUUAUCUCUGGAGACAGAAGAACGGUGAAAGACGAUCAAAUUUUCGUCGACGAGCGGCAGAUUAUUUGGGGCGAGAAUAAUCUGGAAUCGACGAUUCCAAUACUUCCCAGAGGUGUCCAUAAAUUCCCGUUUAAAUUCUCGUUGCCCGAAUCGAGUUUACCGUGCUCGUUCGAGAGCAAAUCGUGCUAUAUCAGAUACUUUUUCAAAGUUACGAUCGACAUACCCUACGCCAGCCCGCCGCAGGGCAUCAAAUACUUCACCGUCAUCGGACCUCACAUAGAUUGCAUGGAAGAACAGUACUUAAAACCGAUAGUGCUGGAAAACAGGAAAUCCACGUGCUGCUGGUGCUGUAAAAAGGGCACGGUGAGCUUGCGCUGCGUGCUGGCCCGAUCGGCGUACGUUUGCAAGGAAAGCAUAAAGCUCAAAGUGACCAUCGACAAUCAGGCCGAAGAGGAGGUGAAAUUGAGAGUGAAAUUGGAGCAGAUUUGCGAGUUUUUCAUAGACAGAGGGGUUUUGGGCGUGAGCAAGGACAUCAAGCAUCUAAUAUUCGAAUACGGAGGUUGUCACGUAAAACCCCAUACGAGAAGUAAAUGGGACAGUUCCAACUGCCUAGUAAUACCGCCGUUGCCUACCACCCUAGUACACAUUUGCCGAUUGGUUCAAGUCUACUAUUUGCUAACGGUUUAUUUAGACACUGAUAAGGAAUUCGACGUGCUACAAGUCAGCUGCCCGAUAACUAUUGGAACUGUACCGUUCCGAAUCCCCAACUCGAAUAAAGCCCUGGCUCUGAAAUACGAACACGCUUGUCCUGUCGUGGAAGGUGGAAUGUAUUUAGCACCGGAGUUUCUACUAGGCCAAGUUUACGACGGAAACGAACACCAUUUAAAGGAUCCAAUGGUUCUUUACAAGCCCCUGUACGUGACAGUGGACAAAUCCGACGGCGAUUAA